CACGUGAUCACUAUAAAGACCGGAGGCGCCUUUGUUUGGGUCUCUCAUUUUCAUUGGGCAUUGUGCGUUAUAGACUACAACCAGACGCAAAUAUGGCUGAGGCGGACCGUCCAGGGAAGCUCUUCAUCGGUGGCCUGAAUACCGAGACCAACGAGAAAGCCCUUGAACAGUACUUCAGCAAAUACGGCCGAAUUGUGGAAGUGCUCUUGAUGAAGGAUCGUGAAACAAACAAAUCGAGGGGAUUUGCGUUUGUGACGUUUGAGAGCCCGGCGGAUGCGAAGGAUGCUGCGAGGGAAAUGAAUGGAAAGUCCCUUGAUGGCAAGCCGAUUAAAGUAGAGCAAGCCACCAAACCGUCCUUUGAGUCCGGGGGCCGGCGCGGCCCCCCGUCCCUCCACCCUAGGAGCCGCGGCCCGCCCAGGGGCCCCAGGGGAUCCAGGGGUGGCCCCAGCGGAAUGCGAGGCCCACCAACUCGAGAUCCCUUUUUUAAGGGGAUUUCAUCCAGAGGCCCGCCGCCGAUGAAGAGAGGACCCCCCCUGCGCAACGGGGGACCCCCACCGAAGAGAUCCGCGCCGUCGGGACCAAUGGGUUGGUCUCCCAUGUCUCGGGAAAGAGACCCCUAUGGCCCACCACCACCUCGCAGAGAUGCCAUGCUUUCCAGGAGAGAUGAUUAUCCUUCUCCAAGGGAUGAUCAUUACAGCACUAAAGACAGCUAUUCCAGUCGGGAUUACAUUAGUUCCAGGGAUACGAGAGAUUAUGCUCCGCCCCCAAGGGAUUAUGCGUAUCGGGAAUAUCCACACUCCAGCUCCCGUGAUGAGUAUGGGUCGAUGUCACGUGGCUACAGUGACCGUGACAGCUAUGGUGGAGGACGUGAACCCAGGGGUUACCUAGAUCGCCCAAGUGCUGGUUCCUACAGAGAUCCUUAUGAUGGUUACGGUAACUCGCGCAGCGCCCCGCCCUCAAGGGGGCCCCCACCCUCCUACGGUGGAAGUGGCGGAAGCAGUCGUUACGAUGACUAUGGCAGCAGUUCCAGGGACGGAUAUGGGAAUCGCGACAGUUACCCCAGCAGCAGAAGCGACCCGUACUCCGCCAGCCGCGGAGAGCGACUUGGCAGGCAGGAGAGGGGGCCCGCGCCCCCGAUUGAGAGAGGCUACCCUCCUCGGGAGACGUACAGCAGCUCGAGCCGCGGAGCGCCCAGGGGCGGCGGCCGGGGGGGGAGCCGUUCCGAUAGAGGAAUUGCCCGAAGCCGAUACUAAAACGGACCACAUGAAUGACUUGCUUGUACAGGCCUACCGCUUUGCUCUCGGAGAGGAAAAAGAAAAAUCAAAAAUGGCGAUUUGAACUUUGGUGGACAACAAUAACGUUUAUUUAUUGUUGAGCUUUUUUUCUCCUCUCCCCUUCACUACCAUAACUGUUCCGUUUGAGAAGAGUAAAGUGAAAUGUUUAAAUGAGUUUUAUUUUAUUUUCCCCCCCCCCCCCCCGCCCCUCUCCCCUUGAUAGUGCAAGCCAUUUUAAAAGUGAUAAGUGUUCUGUUUUUGGUUUUUGUACACUAGUGCUGUUAAAACUUGCUGCAAUUCCCUGGAAUAACAUGCCUUUUCAUUUACUAAUAAAGUUUUUAUAUCGACAAUUGUGAGCGAAGCUCGUGGAUGUUCCAAAGAUCGAUUAAGUGUAUGCACAACUCUGCAUUUGCCUUUCAAAGCUUUACUUCUGUUAAAGAAAUUCCAACAGUCCGAAACCCAAAAUACUGACCAAAAUAAGAACUAUUGGACCUUUUUACAUAUUAGCGAAUGCUGUUAUCUAGAAUUUUGCUCCUGCAGUUUCAUUAGUGGCCCUGUGGUCUCAUUGCAAAAAAAAAAAAGGCAAAUGUUACUGUUCCAAACUCUUUAUCGGUGUAGUUUUCCUCAGUUUGAAAAGGAUCCUUCACCAUAAUGAAUAAACAAUGGUGGCUUACUACGACCUUACCAAAGAGCCUGACAACCAAAACGCAACCGAAUCUUUUCAACACUCAACAGAUUUAAACAAGUUGCCUGUGACAACAGAUGGUAAGCAAAGCAAACUUUUUCUUUCCCCCCUCGUCUAAAUGAAGGGUUCAGUUCAUUCACGUGAGUAGCCAUCUCCGCAAAGGUUGGUGCUGUAAACUGCAACAUCACUAUUGAAAGUAUCGCCUCAGCUCAACUCAAACCUUUGUAGGAAAAAAUGCUGCAGAACGGCAAGCCCCGAUACCCCAAGUCUUUUUAAUUUAAAGACUAGUCCUUGAAAAUGGUCAUUGCAGAGCACCAUAUGAAAUUUUUAACUGUAUUUUCAUCUUUUGGAAUUUGCAUUAAACCCUAAAGCCCAGAAAAGCUCAAAGGAUUUGAGGCCUUUGUAUAAUGUAAAGGAGUCAUUAGUUUUUGUAGUUUCUGCAAGUCUUCGUGCUUAUAAAUACAGAAAUAUCCAUUUUGGGGAAAAAAGGAAAUGAAACCUCUGAUGGAAUAUCCUUACUUGGAACAAAACUGGAAAUGAUGGAUCAAAAACAAAUUGGAUCGUAGCCUAAAACUGCUCAGAAGAUGAGGACUUGAGCCUUUUUUUUUCAUUUUUUUUAAAUUUGCCCUACUUAAUGUUAUGCUGUCGUAUUAAUGUUGUCUUUUCAUUACAGGAUGAAAAUUGCGGUUUGUGAAUUAAGUGGAAAAUUAAGUCAUGGAUUUCAUUCAUGAGUUGGGUGUUGGUCAGCAAUGAUCUCAAGAGUUGAAAGGUGACUGUUGGUUGAUUACCAGACCUCUGUUGUGGUAAUGGGACUGGCCUUGGGCAGCAUCCUCAGAAGUUGAAGAGGAGUACUUGAGUUUUGGAUAAGAGGGCAGUCUGGCUCUUAUGUGAUGGGGUGGGGUUUAAAUCUGGGACUGUAUUUCAAUAAAAAUUCACUGAAAUUGA